CAGCGCGUUGCUAUAUCUUGCGCAGUGAUACAGUUAACAGGUGAAUCGCAUCGGUUUACCACGGCUGAUUAACCAAUCAACAUCCCGGACCGGAUACUGGGUACUUCACUGAGCGUUUUCUGAAUUCUGUAACGGAGAAGGUAGCGAAAUGGCGUCGUUUUCUGACGAACUUUUAUCGUGCCCCAUUUGUUUAGACGUUUUCGCCGACCCUGUGAUUCUUCAGUGUGGCCACAGUGGCUGCAAAGCCUGUGUUGAGCAGUACUGGAGGGUCGAGGGUGAAAAAGUGUGUCCAGUGUGCAGAGAAACGUCUCCUACGAACAAUCCUCCCCUCAACUUGACUUUGCAAAACUUAUGUCAGGUGUUCCUGGAUCACAGGCGGCGUUUAGAGGAGCUGUGUGAAGUUCACCAGGUGAAACGGACUCUAGUGUGUUGUGAUGAUGAGAAGUUACUGUGUGAGAUUUGUAGACAGUCUGAAGAGCACAGAAAUCACACAUACCGUCCAAUUCAAGAGGCCGCUGAGGAACGUAAGGGAGUUCUUCGUAUUCAACUUGAUCUUUUGACUAGAAGAAGGAAGAUGAUGGAAGAUGUCAGGACUCACUGUGAUUGCAUGACUGACCACAUAAAGCAGGCCACAUUGGUGGAGCAAACAAGCAAGGGACAUUUUAAAAAUCUCCAUCAGCUUCUAAAUAAAGAAGAACAGGCCAUGCUUGAUGAACUCAAUCAGGAAACGGAACAGAAAGCAGACUGCUUCGAAGAAAAGACGCUGAAGAUAAAUGAGGACAUCACCUCACUCUCGAACACUAUUGAACACUUAGAAAAGGAACUGGAGAAUGGAGACAUCCGAAUAAUUCGGAACUUCAAAGAAACACUUAAGAGAGCCCAGGUCCAAUCCCAAGCUCCAGAGAUCACUUCAAGAGACAUCAUUGAUUCUGCAAAGUAUCUGGGAAACUUCAAGCUCAACGUUUGGAAGAAAAUGAGAAAACGUUUCAGUUACAGUCCUGUGGUGCUGGACUUUAACACCGCUUGCCAUCAACUGUCAGCGUGCAUUGAUAUGAUUUCUGUAUUCAAUCACGAAGAUAAUAUGGAGAAAUACAGGCCGGAUUGGCUGCCUCUCAAUAGAGAGAGAUUUGUCGAUUGUCCCUGUGUGCUGGGCUAUGUGGGAUAUUCCACAGGGACGCACACCUGGGACGUUGACGUGGAGGAGAACAUGUCCUGGAUGGUGGGUGUUGCCAUAGAGUCCGUCCAAAGAAAAGGAACCAACGGCUUGCCCAGUGGAGUCUGGUGUAUCGGGUACGACAGGGAAAUACUUAGCGUCACGGAUCCUCUGGAAUCACGCGUCCCACUACACGGAUUUGCAAAACCCACAGUAGUGAGGGUGAACCUGGACUUGAGUGCAGGACGGCUGUCAUUCUCAGAUCCUCUGGGUGAGAUGGUCUAUCACACCUUCACACACAAUUUCACUGAAAAGGUCUAUCCAUUCUUCUACAAUGAGUGCUCAUACUCUAUUACUAUUCUGCCUGCGGUUGAAUCUGAAGAGAAAUAAAGAAAACAAUGUUGACUUUCA